AUGCGGAACAAUACGCCAACCGCUAUAGAGCCGAAAGCAACGCCACGCACGCGACGGCGUCUUUCCUUCUCUGUGGAGAGCCCAGAGCGCGGUGACGCGCCCAGAAGUGAACCUAAGCUUGCGCAUCAUUAUUCAACUCGGCACAGUGAGAAGAUCCGCAGGUGUCGACCUCCAGUUGACGAUGAUGGUUGCACAACGGGCAAUGUCCAACUUGUUGGCACCCCGUCAGGGCGGGCAACGCGCUUACCGGCAAAUCAUACCCCAAGGCGCGUGCAUUUCGAGGCCACUGAUCGAGACGCGCCUUCUCAGCGGAUUUCAGAUGCACUGCGCUUCGUAUGGAGUUUGAAUCUGGUUAGUUAUUCUCUGGCAUGGGCGGUGUCGCGAAUUCACGAACGCUGGUCAAGCAUACACGGGCGACUUGCGUCUGGCGGCCGCGGGCGCCGCUGGGAAACGACCAGCCUUGCAGCACGACCCCGUCGUCGUCGUCGUUCCUUCAAGCUAGCUAUGUUCGUGCUUAUCGGUUUGCUCUGUGUUCUGACAGGGUGUCUCAAGCCCGGCGCACCAGCGUAUCGAAAAGCCUUCUCCGCAUUGCUUUCGAUCCCUGAUCGGGGAAGAGUAUUCUCCGGGAACCUGAUGCCGCGAAAAUUGGUGAGCGUCUUUUAUAGCGGCUUUCAACGGAGCGGCCAACUCAUUGCACGAUUAGGUAGUGUGCCUGUGUGGUUGCGUCAAUUCUCUCACCAUGCAAAAGCGUCUAUGAAAGGGGAAACAAUACAAACUACGAGGCCACGCGCGAUAUCGAACUUUGGAUCUGGACUCGACUGGGCUAGGCAUUUAUCCGUGUUCCAGAGAUCCACGUGGAGAGCUCUGUGGAGCGCUUCGAUCGCCUCGUAUCAUGUUUUGCCUGGAAUGCACUGGUAUUCCGAGUGGCUACGUCAUCGCGCUCCUGCUCGCGCUGAUUCCCACUGGAAUGAGCUCGUCCAUCGAAUUGAUCGGAUUGAAGCGCUCCUCUCCGAACAACUGACUCGAAUGGAGAAUACGUCCUCGUCCCCAUGGCGCGGGGAUGAUUCUCAAUCACAGCCGGAUGUGGAGACAUUGCUUGGAUAUUUGCGUGACAACAAGGCAGGCGCGCUUGUGGAUCUCGAUAAUCUCCAACAUGUACAUGUACAACAGGCAUCCGCAAUCUCGACAGAGCUACGGGAGCUUCGCGAGUCAUUAGCAACAGUUCGCACGGACGCUAUGCAACUGGUACGCAACUUGGAAACUCGAUUUGAGCGCCUCGAAGGCAUGCUGCGUCGACAGCGUGCGCACAUGCACAACUCGCAGUGGAUGUCGACAGCAGCAUCGGAUUAUGCGCUCGCCUCGGCUGGAGCACGAAUCAUUCGCGCCCAGCCUUCCUGGACAAGGACAUUUGUCAGCUACUGGAGCAACCGCGUGCGCUGCGUCUUGAGGGCUGCUUUCGGAUCGCGAGCUGCACGCAACUGCCAUCGCCCGUUGCCUUUUGCGCCAGCCAUUAUGCUGCAGUCGCAGGGUCUUCAUGCGCCGCUUUCACGCGGUCGGUGUUGGCACGUUCCCCGUGGCUCUGCCUCAGUGAUAGUCCAGCUGUCGGAGCCGAUCUGUCCGGCAACAAUCAUGCUGCUCUUUUCAACGAGUCGUGCGUCUGCGCACGCAUCCUUCCAAAACGAAACUCCAUCCGUGCAGGUCCGCUACGAAGCGCUUUUGUCGUUUCGUUCGCCAGCGAUGUUCACGCUCCAGGGUACAUCGACACCAAAUGACUGUUUCGGCAACAGUGAGACAAGAUUCUGCCGAGUGUCGCUCCGAGUCGAUCCACAAGUUUGUGUGGAGCCGCUCUCGAUCGUUCGCGUGCACUUUGCGCAGAUCGGUAACGAGCGCAAAUAUGCGGAGCAUUUGGACAAGCCGAGUACAAAACGACGCCCCCUGCACGCAUAUCCUGCGGUCGAUUUAUGUAUCUACAAACUUGCUGUCUUAGACUUUGCCCAGGAAAACCCCAUAUGA